AUGGAGGCUCUGGCUAGCCUCAAUGCAGCCCCAACGCAUAUCAGCGACACGGUAGAGGUCACUGGGAGCCGUGGUUCCACCGGGCCCCAUGUCUCAGAGACGCUUGUGGGCGGCAGCCUCUCUCAGGACGUGGCCGGCGGCAGCCAGGCGGUGGACAGCAUCGCCCUCUCUGACGAGCAGCAGAGAGUUGUGGCGCUGGUCAAAGCCGGCAAGAACGUUUUUUACACAGGCGAUGCUGGCACUGGGAAGAGUUUUUUAUUAAACCAGAUUGUUGCCGAGCUACAAACCAAGCACGGCGAUGAGUUUGGCAGGCUGGUGGCGGUGACGGCCGCCACCGGCAUCGCCGCCACCCACAUCAACGGCAGCACUGUUCACUCGGCGCUCGGAUGCGGCGCGCCUCGUGUUACCGACGACUUUUCGCGCAUGUGGAAGAAGGAGAAUCGCGGCAGGCUGCGCGCACUCAAGGCAAACAACUAA